AUGCUAUGCACCUCCUGUGGCUUUCCAACGUUGACACAAGACUCCAGCUCCGCUGGAGCAAAGGCGGCGGCGGCAGAUCGCCGUCGUGAGCAGAAUCGUCGGGCACAGCAGCGAUUCAGACAGAAACAUCGUCAACGAAAAGCCACCUCAGAGCAAGAUCAGUCGCAUCCGCAAAACAGCGCCUCAGAUGCCCUAGACGACAGUAAUCCAAUAGCUUCGAGCGCGUUGACACCAUCCAGUACAAUGUGUACGAGUCGCAGGCAGUCCUCGAUAGGCCGUUACGAGGAGAGCCGAGGAGAUAAUGUUAUUGAUUGUGAUUUCUUUUUGGAUCCGAACGACGGCUACGGGGUGGACAAAGGCGCGGAUGACUUCUGGACAUCGACACUGAAAGAGACGGCUCCCCUUGCUGCUACUACCCUUGUCCUCCCUUCGGAGCUGGAAGACAGCCGAGGACACCAUACAACAAGGAGCCUCGGUGAUUCUGUCGAUAACAACGAAGGUGGCAGAGCACAAGGAGGACUGACCAUGCUUCAUCGAGCAGUGCAGACUGGCAACAGCAAGGUUGUACGCCUUUUACUCGAGCAUAACGCAGAUUGCAACUCGAAGGACAACGCUGGUCUGACACCCCUAUCGUGUGCAAUAAUCGGAGGCCAUGAAGAGGUAUUUGAACUAUUGCUAUCACAUGGGGCCGGUAUAGGACAUGUUGAUAAUGAUCAUCGGUCGGCCCUUCACUGGGCUGUGCUACAUAAUCGUCACAGGAUACUGAAACGGCUUCUGAGCUGUUGCGGCGGGGACACUUCGUUGCUCAACAGACGGAACAAGGACGGAGAAACACCGCUAUCAGUCGCGGUUGGCGCGGGAAGUGAGGUGGCUGUGGAGCUGCUACUAGAAUCUGGGGCCAAGGUCAACAUAGAGUGA